UCUGCUGGUUCUGCGAUACUGUCACCCUUCGUGUACUGUGUAGUCAGCAGCAACCUCGUGGUGUUGUGGAAAUUUGCGUGUGAUAUUCUCCAGACUGUAGAACUGAAGCGAUGGACCAGGAGCCAACUAAGUGGAUAAAGAAAGAUGAAACUGAUGAAGUAGAAACUGAGUUACACUUCAUAGCCCAAGAUUAUCCAUGCAGCAUGAAUGUAAAAGAAGAGUUGGAGGAGAGUGUGAAUAAAGAGUUUCUUGAAGACCCAUUAAAGGCUGCCGACCCUAGUGUUUGCGUAAAGCAAGACCCCGAACUGAAACACCGUGCUGCUGGAUCUGAGCAUAAUUCUGUUGAAGAUCCAUUGGGAAUAUCUUUGUCCACUGAUUUUAUCAAGGAGGAUCCUGAAUUAAAUAUAACUGAGAAUACUAUUUACUCAGAGUACUGGUGGGAGUUGCAGCAUAUCAUGUGAAGAAACUUGUCACCAUAGACUGGUCCAGGAUGAGUUGGUGAUAGGCAUGGAGAAGUCAACACAUGGGUUCAGUACCAAUACAGAAGAUCUGACUAUUGAUAAGGAAUGCUCAGUUGCCACCCAAUAUGACUGUAGUACUAGGGGAAAGGA